AUGGAGGCUGUGGUGAGUGCUUCGCAUGGCGCUUUCGGGCCCCUGCUUGUGAAACUCAAUGAUUUGCUCGCCGGCGAGUACGCCCGACUGAAAGGGGUCCGCCGUGAGAUGCGCUCCCUCAGGUCUGAGCUUAGCAACAUGCAUGCUGCGCUCCAGAAGUACACGAUGCUACAAGAUCCCGACAUCCAAGUGAAGGCAUGGAUAUCGGAGGUCAGGGAGUUGGCCUAUGAUACCGAGGACUGCGUUGACAAGUUCAUUCACCGCCUCGGCAGUCCAGGCACCAGGCACCACCACCACCGCGGCAUCAAGGAGUUCUUCCGCAGGAGCGCUCGUCGCCUGAAGACACUUGGAUCUUGGCGCCAAAUUGCCAAGCAAAUUGUUGAACUCAAGGCUCGUGUUAUGUCAGUGAAAGAUCAGAGGACUAGCUACAAGCUUGAUGAUAUGGUUUGUGGCACUUCUGGUCAUGCAGUUGUGGAUCCACGUCUGGCAGCUCUUUUUAUCGAGGAGGCACAUCUUAUGGGUAUUGAAGAUCCUAGAGAUGAUCUUGCCAAGUGGGCACUAGACGCGGAAAACAGCUUGGGCACGCGUUGCAGGGUGUUGUCUAUUUUUGGAUUUGGUGGGUUGGGAAAAACAACACUAGCAAAUGAAGUCUACCGUAAGAUCAGAGAGCAUUUUCAUUGCCAUGCUUUUGUAUCCGUAUCGCAAAAGCCCGAUGUUAGAAAAAUCAUCAAGGAUAUAAUCUCCCAAGUGCCAUGCCACGAUGGAUUUACAAAGGACAUUCAAUUUUGGGAUGAAAAGAAAUCCAUUGAAAAGCUAAGGGAGCUGCUACAAGAUAAAAGGUAUCUUGUCAUUAUUGAUGAUAUAUGGUCAACAUCCACAUGGAAUACUAUCAAGUGUGCUUUUCCAGAAAAUAAUUGUUCAAGCAGAGUUAUAACGACCACACGUAUUUUUGACGUAGCAAGCUCAUGUUGUCAAGUUGGGGAUGAUCACAUCUAUUAUAUGGAACCUCUGAGCGAUCUUCACUCUAAGAAGUUGUUUUUCAAUAGGAUCUUCGGCUCUGAGGAUUGCUGCCCUGAUAUAUUGAAAGAUCUUUCCGAUGCAAUCUUGAGAAAAUGUGGAGGUCUACCAUUGGCAAUAAUAAGUAUAUCUGGUUUGUUGGCAAGUAGACCAGCUGUAAGAAAUGAUUGGGAGAAGAUUCGGAAGUCGAUUGGUUUUGCACUUGACAAGAGUCAAAGUCUAGAGGGCAUGAAGAGCAUACUAUCCCUUAGCUACAGUUCUCUUACACCUAAUCUCAAGACAUGUUUGUUGUACUUUAGUAAUUUUCCCGAGGAUUACAAGAUUGAGAGAGAUACAUUGGUUAGGCGGUGGAUGGCAGAAGGCUUUAUUUCUGAAGAGCGUGGGCAGAGCCGACAAGAGGUUGCAGAGAACAAUUUUUAUGAGCUUAUCAACAAAAGCAUAGUCCAACCAAUGGACAUUGGUUAUGAUGGUAAGGCUCGUGCAUGUCGAGUCCAUGACUUGAUGCUUGAGUUUGCUAUUUCAAAGGCGGCCGAAGAGAAUUUCAUCACUGUGCUAGGUGGCCAAAUGGUGUUACCAAAUUCCAAUUGUUAUAUUCGACGAUUAUCAGUCCAACACAUUAACUCGGAGCUUGCAUCGACGUUGGCAAGUAAAGAACUGCACCAUGUUCGGUCUCUUACAGCCUCGGGCUGCAUCAAGCAAAUGCCUAACCUUGUUGAGUUUGAAAGUUUGCGUGUAUUGGAUUUUGAAGGUUGUGAGGGUUUGAAGGGGUAUGAUUUGAACAAUAUCAACAAACUUUUCAAACUAAAGUACCUUGGCCUUCGGAGUACAUGCAUAUCAAAUGUACCAUCAGGAGUUGUAAUGCUGCAUGAUCUGGAGACACUAGAUCUGAGGGAUACAUAUAUCCAAGAGUUGCCUGCUGGAAUCGUCCAGCUCAGUAAACUACAAUAUCUUCUCACUGCAAGAUGUGUUUUUUAUGGGGAAACAACGAUACCAAGUGGGAUUGGAAAGAUGAAGAGCUUAUGUGAGAUCUCGGGCUUUAAUAUAACAACGAGUUCAGUUGGAGCGGUGGAGGAGCUCGAGAACUUGACCAAUUUGACUGAACUCCAUGUGGUGUUCAACGGUGGAGGAUCUGACAAGUACAAGAGGCAUGAAGAGAUGUUGCUUUCCUCACUAUGCAAGCUUGGCAGGUAUAGUCUCCAGUCCUUCAGGAUACAAAGUAAAGAUUCAACUCCCCUUGACUUCUUAGAUUCAUGGAGCCCUCUGCCAUCGUCGCUACAAUUGUUUAUUAUGAGUACCAGCUAUUAUUUGCCAAAACCUCCAAAGUGGCUUGCACCAACAGUGACCAGCCUUACACAUCUCAACAUCAAUCUGAGUGAAAUAACGGAGGAGGAUAUCAACAUACUUGGAACGAUGCCUGCUUUGAUUUCAUUGGAGUUAUGGUUUAAGACUAUUCGAAAAGAAAGACUUAUUGUACAAGGCAAUGGAUUCCGCAGCUUGAAGGAAUUCUACUUUAUUCAUAGUUACUAUUUCGCAGGUGCAAGAUACCUUCUGUUUGAGGAAGGGGCAUUGCCAAAGGUUGAGAAGCUUCAAGUGCCAUUCUAUGUGUCAGUAGCAGAAGCCUAUGGCUUAUACUUAGGUAUUGAGCACCUCCCAUGUCUAAAAGAUGCAGAAGUUAGUAUUUACAAUGAGGGGGCCACAGCUUCUGAAAGCAAGGCUGCAGUAGUUGCCAUAAGAAAUGAGGCAAAUGCCCAUCCCAACCAUCCUAGAGUAACUAUCUUCGGACAAGAGAAAAUUUCAUUUCAUUUUCCGUGA